UGCUGUUGGCUCGUUUUCGAACAAACCUUCGACCACUUUGGGGAGGCUGUUUGGCUGCCAAAGAGAUUCUCCAGACUUCAUUCAUCCACCUCUUCUGUAAUCGCUGUCUUUGGUUCCUUGUUCCUUGUACGCACGGGGUUUGCAUGUCGGCGUCGCUACGGAACGAUGCGAUGCGUCGAGCGGCGCAACUGCGAGACGACAACGAGGACGAUAGUUUCGAUAACGAAGACCUUGGCCCCGCCUUCUCCGGCCAGCUACCACGUUCGACGAACGUGAUACCACCUUACCAGCAGUCGUUGGCGGUGACGGAUUGUGGUAGGAUCAGGCCUCCUACUUCUCAGCAAUUGCACCACUCGACUGCGGAGGGCACAAUGCGUGCAAUGGCACACCCCAUGGCGGCGUCGGAACCCUCCAUGAAUUCCACCAAGAGCAGCAAUACCGCCGAUCUCGCAUCUACGGCUCGACAGGAAUGGCGUAAACACGGGACGGGGCGUACUCAAGCCCUGGAAGACAAGCGGUACGCGCACGCCACUCAGAAUCCACACCAUUUCGUGGUGCGUGUGGUUUCUGCGGAAAAGCGUUCCGAUUUGAGCAACGCCACUUUUACGACAUACGUAAUUCGGGUCAUUCAGAAUCAGCAGGAAAUUUUAGUGGAGCACCGGUAUUCGGAUUUUGCCAAACUGCACGCAUUGUGUCAAACUCACAACGUGGCGACGCCGGGGGACGCGUGCUUCCCGGCCAAGCAUUGGGCCGGUCGAAUAGGGAACUGGACACCUUCCAUUACGUGGGCACCAGAUAAGCACGACGAUCUGGUUUCCUUUCGAACAAUUCAACUUGAUAUUUGGCUCGUGCAUCUUUUAGAACAGUACAACGCCGAAACGUUACCACCCAUUUUAGCGCAGGCGGUCUUUGAAUUUCUGGCUGCCCCCGACAAGCUGCCCUGCGAACGCGAGAAUGACACGUCAGCUUCAGGAGAUCGUUGGAAAUGGAAUAAUCCCGUGUCCUUCACACUAGGUUCAUCCAUUCGGCAAGCCACACGGACGGUGCAAUACAUGUGUCACGGAAACAUGUCGGAAACGGACCAAGCUAUCCCUUUGGAUUUGUUGCAACAAGCGAAGGGGCUAGUGUUCAUGACAGUUUUUAAGGCGGGCUUUGUGGUGUCAGGCCGAUUAGGGACAGGCUUGGUCAUUGCACGAUUAGAAGACUCGUUUUCGGGCGAAGGAGGCCCCGCAUGGAGUGCACCAGCAGCCGUUGGUACAGUCGGGAUGGGUUGGGGCGCCUUGGUUGGUGGGGAUGUGACGCAUUAUCUUAUUGUUCUGACAACUACCAAAGCAGUCAAAGAUAUUUGUGGGUCCAAUUCGAUCCAAUUGGGAGCCGAGUUGGGAGUUGCUGUCGGUCCUGUUGGAAGGGGUGCAACCUCGCACCUACAAACGGGCGAUUGGACCUUACAUCCGGCUUACGCCUACGCCCACUCCCAAGGAUUGUUUGUCGGUCUGAGUCUAGAAGGUUCCGUUGUUCGAAUUCGAAACGACGUGAAUUCCAAAUUUUACGGCCAACCGGUCGAUGCUGGGCUCGUAAUGCAGCAGAAGGGCCCAAAGGCGGCCGAGCCCCUAUACCAAGCCUUGGAGGAAGCGACUCAAAUUCCUGUACGGGACGGCGCCUUUCGCCCCAGUGAUUAUUUUUCUCCACCUCCCAAAGGAGCCCCUACGCCCAGGACCAGCAACACUUCGAGAACACCAUUCCGGCCGCCUAUUGAUGGGAGGUACAACAAUUUAUGCUCCACAUCGACACCCACGAGUACAUCGUUUUGUUGAGAAGAAUGUUAUUUUAGGUCGAUGCCGAAUUACGCGCGCGAAAAAUAAAUUGUAAAUGGUAGCUAUGUAGAAGACUUUACGGAAAAGAGUG